UUCGCUUUUUCCUUGGCAAAUAUGAAGUUCCUGGCUAUUUUCGUUACCCUGCUGGUUGUUGUUGCCGUGGUCCAUGGCCAAGAUUCAGGAAGGAGCAAGAACACGAAUCAAAAUGUGAUCGUCAUUGGACAAAACAAAGGUGCAGCUCCUGCUGCUGCUCCUGCCGACGGUGGCCUGGCAGAUGCUCCUCCCCAGGCAGGCAAAUAGAGCCAUGGUCCUUAAUAUGUCUAGGCCAAUUUAUUUAUAAUAAAAUGGAUGGAACACUGUAUUUUUAUUAAAAAGGUCUUGAAUAUAUAAUGAACUUCAA